UCGCUGUCGCUGUCGCUGCUGGUCUGUACUUGCAGCUCUCGGUCGUCGUUUCAUUCAAGUGUCCAACGUUUGUCGGAGCGGUCGCACAGAACGGAAUAGUCGGACGGUUCGCACAGUUUUCCGCAAGCUCUACACACCGUAUAGUGUUGUAUAUGUACAUAUAUCUCUGGUUCGUCGGCUGCGUUCGUUAGGCUCUUCCCGAACAGGCGGCGGGCAACCGUUGGACAUCCGUGGGCUAGCAUGAAGGAUGUGAAAGUGGCGCGCGCAAUCAGCGAAUCUUCGACCACCUCCGAUAACACCUCCGACUUCAUCGAGAUCGUCAAGAAGUACGAUGUCGUCUACAACAAUCACAAUCCGGACUACAAGAACGUCGAGGUGAAGCUGAAGGUGUGGACCCAAAUCGCCGACGAGAUUGGUCUCUCAGUGGAGGCUUCUAAACGGAAAUGGAAAAAUCUGAGGGACAGUUACACCAAGUAUCUACGCUCGUUUCGCGUAGGAACGAAAACUUCCAAGAAGUACCAGUAUUGGGCCCAUGCCGACCACAUGGAGUUUCUUAAGCCCUUCCAGGGACCGGGCAGAAACUCUGCAAACGGAAAUGGAAAAUCAAAUGACGAGGAUGACACGGAAUGCGAUUUUGGCUACCAGGUCUUGGCCAAGGCGGCCAGUAACGGUGGCGAGGACGAACUAAAAAUAACCAUCGCCACUGCAUCGGCAGGCUGCUCGGCAAUUGGCACGCACACGGUUAACACUUAUACAACCGCUCUGAGUAGCACAGCAGCUUCAUCCUUGACACCCGGUCUUGGAGUGUCUACGCCACCGAACAUGAUCUCCCCGGGCAGCAAUAUGGGAGGAGGGUCGGGAGCAGGAGGACAAAACCACAAUAGCAAUAGCAAUGGAAGCGCCACAGGAAGCCUCAACUGUGCAGCAGUAGCUCCGCUCAGUGCCCUGACUCCACCGGCAACCAGUGGCUGCAAUUCCGCCGUGGUUCUACCAUUGCCCGUCUCACCCGCGACAUCUGCAGCGGCUGUCACUAAAGCCAAUGCUAAUGCCCUGGCUUCCUUAGCCACACACCUGCCCCUGGGAAUGGGUGUCGGCGGUCUGGCACAGCAGAUGUUUCCGCUGGCCACGCUCAAGGCCGCUGCUGUGGCUGCUGGUUUGCCACUCCCACCCACCGUAACGCCGCCUGGAUGCGGAACCUCUGGAGUUCCAACGUCUAACACCAAUGUAGGCUGCUUGAUCAUAGAGCCACAUCUCUUUGCCGCUGCCGAUAACUUUAAAAAAGAGCUUACCGCGGCUGCAGCUGCUGGAGCUCCACUAGGAUUAUUCCAGAAUUUGGCCAACCAGGUACAAAAUGCCAGUCGAAUGAAUGGAAAAUGCGGGACAGGCAUUGGUCUGCCCAUGGGCAAUCCCACACCACCGCCUCCGCCUCCAGCUCCUCCCGCCUCCAAAAUCCGAAGAGUGCAACCAUCCCCUCAGACGACAGCCAUUAAUCUCAGUUGCUCGAACAGUGCCGUUCAACUACAAAACCAACAGCAACACAUGCCCCAGUCAGCGCCCCAGGGACAACAGCCAUCACCAGCCAAGACGCGCAAGAUAAGCGAUCCGCGGUUCCCAAGCGAUUGGGAUGUUUCGGCUGUGCUCCAAGCAAACCGUGACUUGGAUGCCAAUACUCUGUUCUUCCUCAGCUUGGCGCGUCAGGUCCGCGCCAUGCCUAUGAAGUUCCAGUCCCUGGCAAAAAUGCGGUGUAUGCGAAUAGUCAGCGAUCUCGAGCUUGAACUGGAAAACUUUGAUUGCAAUGGCGGAGCGCCACCACCAGACGAUUCGGGUGGAGGUGCCGCAAAUCUAAAGUACUGCAGCAUAGACACACCCCCACCACCGCCGCAGGAUGGUUCUGUGGUGAUCCCUCCUCCACCAGUCGGUCCCGAGGGCUCCACGGAGCACUUCGUGUAUGUGAUGUCCCCGUCGCGGGUCGAGAGCAUGAUUGACAUCUCAUCCGACGAAGAGGCCACCAUGAAUGGAGUGCCCACCCCGGCAGUGGGCUCUGGGCAGGUUUAAGCAUAUUCUGUACAUGUUAUCCCUAAAUUAAAUUCAAUUAAUCUCAACA